AAGUCUGAGCUGGGAUCCCUGUGCUUUCUCCGCCUCCUUUGCUUUCCAGUUUCCUCUGCCUUCCCUGCUGUGGAAGCUGCUCUGCCUUCCCUGGGACUUUUGUUCUGUCCCCGUUUUUUCCUGCGAAUUCCUCCUGUCUCUCCUGGGAGCUCAGCUCUCUCCCCAUUUGCUCCUGGUAGCUCGAGUCCCUUUUCCCCCUGAGAACUCAGCUCUUUCUUCCCCUUUUCCCUCUGGGAGCCCAGCUCUCUCCCCAUUUGCUCCUGGGAGCUCCGAUCUCCCCCUUUCCCCCUGAGAACUCAGGGCUCUCCUCUUUUUUCCCUUGCCCCUGAGAUCUCUCGGCAUUCCUGCACCCAGGCCUGUGCUUGCAUCUCCCAGACCUCUCAAGUGUGGUAGCAGCAAGACCCUGAGAUAAAGACCAGGUGCUAAAGGGAGGAACUUGAGAAAAAGGAGUCACUCUGGGUGUUUGCUACCUCCACAGGGAGCCUGGAGCCAGAGAGAAUGGGCCCUGGGAGCCUCGGACCUCCUCGGGAGGUUGUGACAUUCAAGGAUGUGGCUGUGGAUUUCACCCAGGAGGAGUGGGGUCUCUUGGACCCCUCUCAGAAGGAGCUGUUCAAGGAGGUCAUGGUGGAGAAUGCCUGGAACCUGCUCUCCUUGGGGCUUCCAGUUCCCAGAGAAGAGGCAAUCUCUUAUUUUGAGCAAAGGGAAGCACUGUUGAUGUUGGACCAACAAGGCCUGAGGAGCUGCUCUGCAGGAGAGAUCAGAGUGAAAUGAAAGAAACUCCUGCAGAGCUAAGCCAUUCUGUGGUAGCAAGUCCCAAGCAGUGGCUCAUGGGUGAUGGAUCCUGUGACUUUACUUGGAGAAAAAUCUGUGCAACACAUGAGAGAAUCCAGCUUAGAGAGAGACAUUGUGAAUGUACCGAAUGUAGAAAAGGUUUUAUAAAAAAGGAAAAUCUUAUUGUACAAUCGAAAAUCCACACUCCAGGAGAGAAGCCUUAUGAAUGUAACCAGGGUGGAAAGUCUUUUACAAAUAGAGCAUUUCUUAGUUUACAUCAGAGAGUCCACACUGGAGAGGAGCCUUGUGAAUUUAACUACUGUGGAAAGUCUUUUAGAAGCAAAGGAGGUCUCACUGAUCAUCAGAGAAUCCACACAGGAGACAAACCUUGUGAAUGUAACCAAUGUGGAAAAAGAUUUAGACAAAAAGGAGAUCUUAUUAGACAUCAGAGAAUCCAUACUGGAGAGAAACCUUAUGAAUGUAACCAGUGUGGAAAGGAUUUUACAGAAAACAGAGCUCUUAUUAGACAUCAAAGAAUCCACACUGGAGAGAGACCUUAUGAAUGUAACCAGUGUGGAAAGGGUUUUAGAAGCAAAGAAGGUCUCAUUGGCCAUCAGAGAAUCCACACAGGAGAGAAACCUUGUGAAUGUAACCAGUGUGGAAAAAGAUUUAGACAAAAGGGUGAUCUUAUUAGGCAUCAGAGAAUCCAUACUGGAGAGAAACCUUAUGAAUGUAACCAAUGUGGAAAUUCAUUUAGAAGCAAGGGACAUCUUACUAGACAUCAGAUAAUGCACACUGGAGAGAAACCUUAUGAAUGUAACCAGUGUGGAAAAGGUUUUAGAAAAAAGGAAUCUCUUAUUUUACAUCAGAGAAUCCACACUGGAGAGAAACCUUAUGAAUGUAACCAGUGUGGAAAGGCUUUUAGAAGUAAAAAAGGUCUCAUUGAUCAUCAGAGAAUCCACACAGGAGAGAAACCUUUUGAAUGUAAUCAAUGUGGAAAGGGUUUUAGAAGCAAGGCAGGUCUUAUUGGACAUCAGCUGAUGCACACUGGAGAGAAGCCUUAUGAAUGUAACCAGUGUGGAAAAGGUUUUAUAAAAAAGGGAGCUCUUAUUUUACAUCAGAGAAUCCACACUGGAGAGAAACCUUAUGAAUGUAACCAAUGUGGAAAGGCUUUUAGAAGGAAGGAAAGUCUUGUUGUACAUCAGAGAACCCACACUGGAGAGAAACCUUAUGAAUGUAACCAAUGUGGAAAGGCUUUUAGAAGCAAGGGAGGUCUUAUUGUACAUCAGAGAACCCACACUAGAGAGAAGCCUUAGGAAUGUAACCAAUGUGGAAAGGCUUUUGGGGGAAACCUGGGACACUUCUUGGUGGAAUUGUGAACUGAUCCAACCAUUCUGUUAAGCAAUGUGGAACUAUGCCCAACAGCCAUCAAAAGGUGCAUAGCUUUUGAACUAGCAAUGUUUCUACUGGGCUUAUUUGCCAAAGAGAUCUUAAAGGAGGGAAAGGGACCCACAGGUGCAGAAAUGUUUCUGCAGCCCUGUUUGUUGUGGCAAGAAACUGGAAACUGAGUGUAUGCCCAUCAUCUGGGAACUACUGAAUAAGUCUUGUGGAAUAUUAUUGGUCUAUAAGGAAUGAUCAGCAGGAUGAUUCCACAGAGGCCUGGAGAGACUUACAUGAACUGAUGCAAAGUGAAGUGAGCAGAACCAGGAGAUUAUCGUAUAUUGCAACAGUAAGAGUAUACAAUGAUCAAUUCUGAUGGACGUGGCUCUUUUCAACAAUGACAUGAUUCAGGCCAGUUCCAAUGAUCUUGUGAUGAAGAGAGCCAUCUUUACUGAGAGAGGACAGUGGGAAAUGAGUGUGGAUCACAACGUAGCAUUUGCACUCUUUAUGCACCUAACAAGUAGGAGGGAGAAGCCCAAAAACACUGGUGAGGGAGGAUUCCCAGGGCUGCUGUCACCUCCGGUGAGAUGAGUCUCAGAUGCCCUAAGCACAAUAUAUCCAAGCCUCUGAAGGCAGCUUGGGGCCAGUUUCCUCUCCCAGGUGUUCCCUUUCAAACAGAGGGACUUCAUUCAAUUGCCAGCUGCCCAUGAUUCCAAAUAUGCUCUGGGAUGGUUUGUACACUUUCCUGCUGGGUGGCAGAGUUCUUCCUCAUACUGUCACAGCCUGUGGGCUAGUAAAAAUCCUCUUAGAAAAAUAUUUUAGACCCACAUGGGCCACAAGGCACCAGCCCUUUUUUUGGUCACAAAGAACUGAACAAUAAAUAUGUAUCUGUCUAUUUGGGAAUGGCCAGACAAGCUGUGGUAUAUGAAGGCAAUAGAAUAUUAUUGUUCUGUAAAAAUGAUGAACAAGCUGGUUUUGAAAAGGCCUGGAGUUACAUGAACUGACACUGAUCCAAACUAGCAGAACCAGAAGUACACAGUAACAGUCAGAAUGGGCGAUGAUCAACUAUAAAAGCCUUGGUCCCCCUCAGAGGUUCAGGGAUGCAAAGCAAUCCCAACAGACUUUGCACAGAAAAUGCCAUCUGCAUCCACACAGACUGAAUGUAAAUAAACAUUUA